AUGGCAGAAAUUGUGGGCUUAGUCGCAAGUGCAGUGACCUUGGCCGCGACUGCCCAUGGCGCAGCCAGAUUCGCGAAAGCUCUCUUUAAAGUGACCUCUACUUUCAGACAUGCGCGAAAGGAGAUGGCCGAUAUUGCACAGAGACUGUCGCAGUUCUCUACGAGCCUUCAAAUCCUGGCCGACAUGCUGAGCAACAACGAGACGCUUUGUAAGCAGGAGCUGUAUGCGAACACGAAAAGCAUCAUCUUGGGAUGGAGACAGGUCGAAGCCGAACUAGGGAAGCUGCUUGAGACGCCCAGAAGUCUACACAGAUUUAUUUGGGCCUUGAGGAAACCUGGGGCGAAAACGCUGCUCAAGAAUAUUGAAGGCAUCGAGAAAGCCUUGAUGAUGCAACUAUCAGUAAUGCAGCUCGCUGUGCUGUUGAGAGGUCCAGUGGAUCAUACGCAAACCAGUCCACAAGCAGUCGAUCGGACUACAACUCAGCGCAAGGUUACCGAGAGUGUCGUGCAAGCGAAUCGCCAGGUAGUGGAGAGCGCGCAACUCGAGCAUGUCGAGGUUACUGAACCGUUUGAUCCUCUCCACGGAAAGCGUGCAGAACUCGAUCUCCGCAGACAAUACUCGUUCGACACUGCAACUUGGCUGUACCAUAUUGUUUUCGGACCGUCAGUACUGGGUUCGGUUCGUAAACCAUCACGUCAACCCUCGGCAUCUGACGAAGUUUCGGACAAGGAUAUUGGAACUCUAGCGUCACGCAGAACAAGACAAGAUCCAUCGAUGCCGCCGAGUCGAGAGAUUAUUGUUUGGGGUUCUAAGACAGAACCGGGCAUUGUGGUCGAUAGACUGUUGUCUGCUUGGACAACGCUCACCGACGAGCAGAUUGCCGCGAGUUCUGCUCAUAACGAAGAUGACAAAUGGACCUGCAGGUUCCUGAAAAUGGUCCAGGAGGCGAAGGAGGAAGAAGACGUCGCACAGAAACAUGGUUCGGAUGUAGAAAGUGUAACCGAUGCUCACGCGGAGGAUAACGAUCACAGUGCUGGAAGAAAGAAUCGAAAAGCAAGAGGUACAGAACCCACGAAACGUUCGAGGCGUACGGCACAAAUAGAUUCGACACAAGUACCAACAUCACCACACGUAAUGUUUGAGCACGUUGACGAUAAGCCUCUCAAACAUGCAAGCAAGGCUGCGCCCGCAUCAGAGCUCCCCGGUCGACCAAGGUCAAAUCCGGCACACUACACUGUACCGCCAGUGUCAGAGAGGUCCAAACGCGACAUAUGGACUGCUUCCAACCCCAGAUACUCGCAACACCUACCCGCACAAAUGCCAAAUGCAUACAUGUCAGGCGUCGCAAACACAACGCCAUAUACAGACUCUGCAUAUCGGUCACAGUAUGCCGUGAAUGGGUCACCCGUGCCGAGCUACGACAAAAGCUAUGACACGAGCUCUAGGUGGAGUCAGUAUUCGCACAUGCCUUCUGCUUACCAAUCGCUACCUGCUCCGCCUCCGCCCCCAGUACCUGAGGUACGUGCUCAGACCGACAUCUUGCAACAGACCCAAGUGACUGCCAUCGCUUCGGCAGAGAAGGCGAUCCGAACAGCGAUCACAGAUGAUCCCCGGUUGUCGAGGAUUGAAAGCCUUCUUGCAGCGCAACAAGAUAACUUGGCCCGGCUUGGGCAGACUCAGGCAAACUUGAAUGAAGCUGUAGAGACAAAACAAAUGUCGACUGUCCCCGAGCAAUAUAGCAGAGUCAUCCAAGGACUUGAGCAGCUUCUUGUACAACAAACAGAGGACCUGCAGGGGGCGGAGGCGGACCUUAUUGCAGAAAGGAUUCAGCUUGUUGCUGCAACUGAGGAACACAACAAGACAGUUCAAGCACUAGAGAAUUCUAUGGCGCAAAUGAAACAGAAGCAGCAGUUUGCAAAAGAAGAACGGCUAUCUGAGGUGAAGAACCUCAAAGAUCAAGCAGAGAGAGCUGUAGAGACUAGGAAUCUCGCUUUGAAAGAUGCUGCAGCAGCUCAGUUAGCAGCCGAGACAGCACAAAAAUCUCUUGAUACGGUCAAAGCCGCUGCUGAUGCUUAA